AUGAACGGCUCAGAGACCGCCGAGAUUAAAGGGAAAGGCACAGCGCCGUUGGAGCAUCAGAUUUCCAGACCGCGCGGCGGCCGUUCGAACUUCGAACUGCCCUCCUUCCUAUGCAUGCUCCCUCCCGCCGCCAAAGCCGCCAUUCGCGCCACGGCGGGCUCGCCGCGGGCCGUACGCCGCGUUCACGCGCGUCUCCUAAAGGAGGGGUUCGCCGACCUCCCCUCCGCGCCGGCGCUCCUUGUGUCCGCCUACGCCAGGUCGUGCCUCCUCCCCGACGCCCGCCGCGCGUUCGACGAUGCGCCGCGCCGGGACCUCCACCUCUACUCAGCGCUCCUCGCCGCCGUCUCCCGCUCCCCCACCCCCGCGCUCGCGCUCCCGCUCCUCCGCCGCAUGCUCUCAGACGACGCGCUCCGCCCGGACCACUUCGUCAUUGCCUCUCUCGCCAGCACCGCCGCCAGGCUGCGCAGCCUCCGCCUCGGCAGGCAGCUCCACGCCCACUUUGUCGCCUCCCCGUACAGCGCCGACGACGUCGUCAAGUCGUCGCUUGUCGACAUGUACUGCAAGUGUGGCGUCCCUCAGGAUGCGCGGAAGGUGUUCGAUAGUAUCGGUGUCAAGAACAGUGUCGUGUGGACUGCGCUGGUUUCCGGGUACGCGUCCAACGGCUGCACCGGCGAGGCGAUCGACCUCUUCCAGAGCAUGCCUGCACGCAGCCUCUUCACGUGGACUGCGCUCAUCUCUGGGUUUGUCAAGGCCGGAAACAAUACUGGCGCCGUGGGGCUGUUUGUUGAGAUGAGGCGGGAUGGUGUCAGGAUUGAUGACGCAUUCGUGCUGGCGACUGUCGUCGGUGGCGCCGCAGACCUGGCUGCGCUUGUGCUGGGAAGACAGCUGCAUGGUUUUGCAUUGAAGCUUGGCUUCCUGUCCAGUAUGAUUGUUGGGAACGCACUGGUUGACAUGUACUCGAAAUGCAGUGACAUACACUCUGCUAGGGAAGUGUUUGAGGGGAUUACAGUCCGUGAUGUCAUCUCGUGGACAACAAUUCUUGUUGGAGAGGCACAGCACGGUCGAGCUGAGAAGGUAUUGGCUCUUUACAACAGGAUGCUUCUUGCAGGGAUGAAGCCCAAUGAGGUGACAUUUGUUGGGUUGAUCUAUGCUUGCAGUCAUGCUGGUCUUGUUCAGAAAGGGCGGCAGAUAUUUUAUUCAAUGAAGCGGGAAUAUGGCGUCAAGCCUGGACUGCAACACUAUACCUGCUAUCUGGACCUUCUUAGUCGCUCGGGCUAUUUAUCAGAAGCUGAAGAACUCCUCGCUACAAUGCCAUAUGAGCCUGAUGAAGCUAGUUGGGGCGCCCUAUUGAGUGCCUGUAAGAAGCACAACGAUACUCAGAUGUGUCUCAGGGUCGCUGAUAAUUUACUAGAGCUGAGACCAAAAGAUCCUUCAACAUAUAUCUUGUUAUCUAAUGUCUAUGCAGUUAACUGCAAGUGGGAUUCCGUGGCCAAGGUAAGAAAAAUCAUGGCUGAGAUGGAGAUAAGAAAAGAGCCAGGGUAUAGCUGGAUUGAAGCUGGGAAGGAAUCUCGUAUGUUUCAUGCUGGGGAGGUUCCGCUUGAUGUUGGAGAAGAAAUUACUGGUUUUCUUGAGGAAUUGGUCUCAGAGAUGCGCAAGAGGGGUUAUGUCCCUGAUACUAGCUCUGUGAUGCAUGACUUGGAAGAGCACGAAAAGGAGCAGCAUCUGUUCUUGCACAGCGAGAGGCUGGCUGUAGCUUUUGGAAUACUCAAGUCCCCUCCAGGAUCAGUUAUUCGGGUUGUAAAGAAUCUUCGUGUCUGCGGGGACUGUCACACAGUAAUGAAGUUCAUCAGUGAGAUUGCACAGAGGAAGAUCAUCGUGAGAGAUGCUAGUCGUUUCCACCAUUUUGAGGAUGGUAACUGCUCUUGUAGUGAAUUCUGGUAG